GAGCAAACAGCACCGUUGACCAAACCAUAGAAGGUGUAAAAAGAAUCGUGUUGUGUGAUAGUGUAAAGGUUAAAGUGAAAGCUCAAGUAUCCUUCUGUGCAGCUGUUAUUGCGAACUUAGCUCAGCUGACAGUGCAUCUACUUCUUGAGCUCUUACAUAAGGUUGUCUUUAUUUGAUGGCAAAUAUUGUUGUGACUGUUGCAACUAAUGUGGGUAAAUAUUUGGGGGGACCAAUAUUCCGCGAAGUACAAUACUUUCUUUGUGUUAAUAAUGUAAUCAAUGAUCUUGAGACUGAAAAGGAGGCGCUGACAUCUGAAAGAGACAAUUUGUUGAUUCGCGUUGCACAAGCCUUGGAGAAAACUGAAAUAAUUGAAAAACCAGUGGAGAAGUGGUUGAUUGUUGUAGAAAAUCUCUUGAGAGAGGUGGAUGUUCUUGUGCAAAGGACAGAAACAGACGCCAAUUGCUUUCAAGGAUGGUUUCCAACGUGUGGACGGUAUCUUUUGUGCAAGCAAAUGGUACAAAAGAUAGAUGCGAUGGGGAAAUACAAAGGUAAAAGCAUUGAUAUUCAACCAUUUUCUCAUCGUGCUCCACUACCAGGUAGCAGGUAUCGGUCAUUUGAAGAAUUCAUUUAUUUUGAAUCAACAAAGGUGGCUUACAAUCAACUAUUGGAGGCACUUAAGGAUGAUUGCAUCUCUAUAAUAGGAAUGUAUGGAAUGGGUGGAUGCGGAAAAACAACCCUUGCAGCAGAAGUUGGCAAGAAGGCUGAGGAAUUAGAUAUGUUUGAUAAGGUUAUAUCAAUCACUGUCGCUCAAACUCCAAAUAUUAGAGGCAUUCAGGGAAAACUUGCAGAUAUGUUAAACUUGAAAUUGGAGGAAGAAAGUGAAGAGGGAAGAGCACAACGUUUAUGGUUGUGUUUAAAACAAAAGAAGCGAAUUCUUAUAAUAGUGGACGAUCUAUGGAGAGAGUUUCAUUUGAUAAAUAUAGGGAUUCUCGUAGACAAUGUUAACGAGCACACAUGGAAGGUCCUGAUAACCACUCGUAAUGAGCAUGUCUGUACAUCAAUGGACUGUCAAAAGAAGAUUCAUUUGGGGCUCUUGUCUGAAGAUGAAUCUUGGACAUUAUUCCAAAAGUUUGCAAGAAUUGAUGACGAAUACUCCAAGUUAUUGGAUGGUGUGCCACGGGAAGUCUGCAAUGAGUGUAAUGGACUUCCCUUAUCAAUCAAAACUAUAGGGUCGUCCUUAAAAGGAAGGCAUGAAAUUGAGUUGUGGCAGCAGGCGUUAGAUAAGUUGAGGGAUUCAAAGGCAUCCAAUGAUGAAGGAGGAGUGAGGACUACUUUAAGUUGCCUUAAAUUAAGCUAUGAUUAUUUGCAAAGGCAGUACACACAGCUACUCUUAAUGAUUUGUACUCUUUUUCCAGAAGACUAUCACAUCCCAACAGAAGAUUUGAUGAGGUUUGCAUUUGGACUAGGUAUGGGAGAAAAAUUAUCAUUACAGUCAAUGAGGAGCUUGAUUCAAGCAGACAUAAACAAACUCUUCGAUUCUUGUUUGUUCACGCCUGGUUCUGUGAAGAUGCAUGGCAUGGUUCGUGAGACAGUCUUAUGGAUUGCAAAUACAUCAGAUAAUUGCAAAAUCUUGGUAAAUGUUGACAAACCACUUAGCACUUUAGCAGAGGAUAACAAAAUAAGAGAAUGUUUUACAUUAUCCUCAUGGUGGUAUAAUGAAAAUCCCACCUUUUGUCAAUUGCAUGCUCCAAAUCUUAAAAUGUUAUUGGUAAAUAUAAGUGCUCGUGAAUCAUUGAAUUUCUUGGAUUUAUCACAUUUAACAUUUGAAGGAGUACAAGGGCUUGAGGUACUUUCAAUAACCAUUGAUAACAAAAUAGUACCAGUAUCAUUUUCUCCAUCCAUCCAGUUGUUGACAAAUGUUCGAACUUUGCGCUUAAAUGGAUUGAAAUUGGAUGACAUUUCUUUCAUCGGAAGCUUAACAAGCAUUGAGGUUCUUGACUUGAGACGUUGUCACUUCAAUGGACUUCCUAUCGAAAUAGGAAAACUCAUAAGUCUUAAGUUGCUAGAUUUGUCAGAAUGUCGUAUUUCUCGAAACAGCUAUAAUGGAGCAAUAGGGAAAUGUUCACAACUAGAGGAGUUAUAUGCUUCAGCAUGUUACCCAGAAAAGCAUGUUCCUGAGAUCAUUCUGGAUAUUGGUAUUCUCGUAAAUCUACAAAGCUUUGUACUUGAUGAUCAAAUCCUUCAGGAAAGAAGGAGAGUCCUACGAGUAAAAGGUUUUAAUACAUCAAGGUUGAAGACAUCUAAGAAAAAUAUUCUGCAAAUAGCUGAAGUUAUUUCUUUGGAAGCUCUUCAUGGAGGAUGUAAAAAUAUUAUCCCAGAUAUGGUUGGAGUUGUAGGAGGCAUGGAUGAUUUGACUUCUCUCCAUCUUACAAGAUGCCAAGAUAUAGAAUGCAUCUUCGAUGCAACCUAUGAUUUCAGGGAAGAUGAUUUGAUUCCCAGGUUGGGGGAGUUACGCCUUCGGUCUAUGAAUAACUUGACAGAAUUGUAUCGAGGUCCAUCUCUUCAAGUACUACACUACUUUGAGAAACUAGAACUGGUUGACAUACAAGAUUGCAGGAAGUUACACAUCAUGUUUCCAUUGGAAUGUAAGUUACGAAAUCUUAAGAUCCUCAGCUUAUCAUAUUGCAGGACCGAUGAAGUACUCUUCUCAGCAUCUGUUGCUCAAAGUUUGCAGCAACUAGAACAACUAAAAAUCAGUGGGUGCUAUAAAUUGAAGCAUAUAAUUGCUGCUAGUGGAAGGCAACAUGGUGGUAGUAAUACAAGUGAGGAAAUAAGUCCAGCUCCAAUGAAUUCUCAUUUUUUGAUGACCAAAUUAAGGGAUGUUAACAUUUCUGAUUGUCCAAGGUUAGAGUCGAUAUUCCCGAUUUGUUAUGUUGAAGGACUUACACAAUUGCAACAGAUGGAGAUAGGAUAUUCUCCUAAGCUGGAAUACGUGUUUGGUAAAUGUGAUCACAAAGAACACCUUUCAUCACACCAUGUCAUGCUUCCUCAUUUGGAAGUUCUCGGACUCUCUUCUCUUGAAAAUCUCAUUGGGAUGUGUCCAGAGAAUUGUCAAGCAAACUGGUCAUCUCAAUGUCUGAGGAUGCUAAACAUAUAUAAUUGUCCAAACAUGGCUAUACCAUGGUUCAAUUUGAAGGUUGGCUAUGAUCAAAGACAACAUCAUCCGAAUGAAAGCUUACUCUCAAAACUGCAAGAACUGGUAUUGUAUGAUCUGCCUCAAUUGCACUCCAUUUCAUGGGUAGGUCCUACUCCAAGUCAGAUUUGGAGUUUCCAAUGUCUUCAGCGUUUAAGAGUGGACAGUUGUGAAAAUUUGAAAUACUUGUUCUCCAUGGAGGUAAGUAGAAGCCUACAAGAGUUGAUUAGCCUUGAAAUUUUCAAUUGCCAAGAAUUGGAACAAGUAGUUGCAGCAGAUGAAGAACUUGUGCAGCUUCCUGAUGCUGAAUUUUAUUUUCCUAAGCUAAAACAAAUAGAAGUCUAUAACUGCAACAAGUUGAAAAGCCUUUUCUCUUUUGCCAUGAUUACAAAUUUACAAUGCUUCCACAAUUAAGUUCUCUUUUCUUAGCAGAUGCUACUCAACUUCAAGAGGUUUUUAGACAUAGUAGUGGAGACAACGUUAUGAAUGAAAUGGAAAUUGUUCUUCCAAACUUGACCGAGAUAACAUUGAGUAAUCUAACGAAUUUUGUAGAUAUCUGCCAUGGUUGUAAGUUACAUGCUGAUAAGCUUCUACAACUCCACAUAUAUGACUGCCCCAAAACUGCUUCAAGCUUAAGAAAAAUUAAGAGGAAACUGCAAAAGGAAGCAGGAUUAGGAGAUGGUGAAGAUUCUCAUUAUUUGGAACUAAAGAAUGAUGAAAAUGAAGCCGCAGCAGAAGAUGAUGAAGAUUCUCCUAUUUAUGAGUACCCAACGUCUAGCAAAACCGAUUAUGUGAAAGAUCCAUCCGUACCCAACUUGGCGUGGGACAAAGGAAAAACAAAGUUUGUUGUUGAUAAGGAUGAAGAAGCGGCAGCAGAAGAUGAUGAAGAUUCUUAUUUCGGUACCGAGCUUCUAACAAAGUUGAAUAUUUGAAAGAACCAUUCGUACUCAACUACGCAUGGGACAAAGGAAAAACAGAAGAAAUUAAAAAAAGAAAUGUUGAGAGUGGGAUUAGAGAAGAACCCGCACCCUUUGGACCAGAAUUUUAAUCUGCCACCUUAGGUCAACUCGUUCAUCUCAACUUUGUUGAAAAGUCUUUUCCCUGUUACUAAGGUUAGAAUGCUUCCGCAACCAAGCAAGCUUUAAAUGUCACAAGCUACUCAACAAGUGGAAUAAAAUGAAGUUGUGCUUCCAAACAUGACAGAAACUACAUUGGACAAUCUGCUAAGUUUUGUUGAUAUAUUUCAUGGUUGCAAGUUAGAUUCCGUUAAACCUCUAAAACUCCGCAUAUGUGAAUGCCUCCAAACCUCUCUAAGCUUGAGACACAAACUCAGGUGCGAAGAUAAUUCCUCUACUGACUGAAAUUUUGAAUUUGUUGUUGAAAAGGUUGAAACUAGAAGAAGCAAGCAGCAUAAUAAGAUGGUGAAGUUUCUCUAUGUUCUCAACCCAAUCAACUGUAUCAAUGUAAAACCCUGCAAAUAUAAAUGUUCAUUUUUCUCUAUAUUUAUAUUUGAACAUAAAAAUGUGCUGUAAUUCUGGUAUAAGGAUCAUCAUUUUUGUUUGUUUGUAUUGAAUUAAAAUGUGGCUAGUUGCUUAUAAAUUUUGAACCUGUGGAAUAGAAUUGUGGUUGGUUUAUGUGUAUUA